GCACAUACAGAGAGAAAGCACAAGAGAAACAGAGACACUCAGGAAGUUAACAGGGGAAGUUUAGUGGUUUCUUGCGUCAUCAUUUUAUGCUGCUGCUUGUGUGCCGAUGCAGAGUGAAGGGUGGAAGGUAAACCAAAGAAUGUCCUAACACCCCAACUUUUAAAUUUCAACUCCAAUGCAACAUAGCAUACAGAGGAAACAACCUGCACCCAACAACAUGCACUGAAGCCAAGAAAACAGAAGCAGCAGCAGCAGCAGCAGCAGCACUGUCAAAUCUCUGAAAUGUGUAGCACCUCUACAAAGUCAGUCUCACAUUAACGGAGUCGGUCAACACAUCCAGCAGCCACAAAGACAGUCAGUCAGUCUGACGGUCACAAAGGGAGCAGCUCGCGUCGGUCUGAAUGUGAGGUGAACUCAGCAGACAGGAAGAGAUGCGGAGAGUUCGGAGAAAAGGAGGGAACAAAGAGAAGGUGUUUGGAUGUGAUCUGCUGGAGCACCUGAACGCCUCCUCUCAAGAGAUACCUCUGGUCUUGCGAUGCUGCAGUGAGUUUGUUGAGAAACAUGGAAUCGUGGAUGGGAUCUACAGGUUGUCUGGAGUAUCGUCCAACAUACAGAAGCUAAGGGGGGAGUUUGAGAGCGAUGGGAGUCCAGAUCUGAACAAGGACCUGUACCUGCAGGACAUCCACUGUGUCAGCUCUUUGUGUAAAGCUUAUUUCAGAGAGCUGCCCAACCCUCUGCUCACAUACCAGCUAUAUGACAAGUUUGCUGAGGCUGUGGCCAUCCAGCUGGAGGAGGACAGGCUGGUAAAGAUCAGAGAUGUGCUGAAAGAACUUCCAAACCCACAUUACAGGACUCUCGAGUUUCUGAUGCGCCAUCUUGUCAGAAUGGCCUCAUAUAGCUCAGAGACCAACAUGCACUCCAGGAACUUGGCCAUUGUCUGGGCCCCCAAUCUGCUCAGGUCAAAGGACAUUGAGGCGUCUGGGUUUAAUGGUACCGCAGCCUUCAUGGAGGUCAGGGUUCAGUCCAUCGUGGUGGAGUUCAUCCUCACACACGUCCCUCAGCUGUUUCCCGAACAAGGUGUAUCAAAUGAGAGAAGGAAUUCCCUCCCCUCCCCGUCAGCAGCGUCCGGUCAGGAGGAAGGGUUUUUCAAAUCCGCUCCCAUUCAGCCCUUCCCCAACUUUGGUAAUAUCAGUCCAGGAGACGGUCCUCUAGCCAUAAGACCCUACCACGCCAUCAUUGAAGGCACAGACAAGAGGAAAGGAUCUCUCAAAGGCAGGAAGUGGAUGUCCAUCUUCAACAUCGGAGGACGAUUCCAAGACCCACGGCGGAGGCACAAACACUCAUCCAAAGAGAAAGACAGGCCAGCUUUGAGACCAGCCAGAAGCAUGGACUCCCUCAGCACCCAGGCGUUUCCAAAUGAAGGUUCCAGACGUCCUGCCCAGCGCCCUCCUUCCACCAGCAUCCCCACAGCAUCUCCCCUCGUCACCCCCAACCCCCAGUCAUGCUCGGAGGUCACGUCUUCCCCCGGUGCAAUAGGUGGCAGUGAAUAUGCAGUGACCUACCGCAGAGGAACAGGGUUAGUAAGCGGGGGCGCAGGGACCCAGGGCACCUACACUGCCCUUGACCCUGAAGGUUCAGGAGUCACAGGCAAUGAAUCUCUUCAGUCCAGAUCCCCAGGACUCUCCACUAAAGUAGGCCGAAGAGCAGCCAUGCACAUCACAGGGCCCACCCUGGUUACUGUGCCCCUGCAUAUCACCUCUAACCUAGCAUUAGGGGUGCUGCAAGGGGGCGGUGGCAACAGGGUCAUCCAUCGUGGCAGGGACAAGGACGGAGGCGACAGGGUGGAAGGUAAGGAGGGAGGAGAGAAGGUGGAGAGCAAGGAGAGCAGAGCGAUGGAAAGGAAGGUGGAAGAAGGCAGAAAGGUUCAGGAAGAGGAGAAGAAUUGCAGUGGGAAAGUGACGGACAGGGAAGGAGUCGAGGAUGCGGAAGGGAAGGCAGGGGUAGGCGGUGGUGGGGAGGAAGAAGGUGAAGUAAAGAAAGAGGAGGAUAAGGAGGAAGAGGAGGUCAGAGAAGAACGUACAUGGAAGCCGGAGGUGGUGAUGGGAGGUCAAGAUGCUGAGGAAGAUAAUGAUGAAGAUGCUGUGGAUGAUGACAAGGAUGUCGAUUAUGACUACAUAGACAUGAAAGGGGUGAAGCCAGCUGAUUUACAGCCAGCGGUGACUCAGUGUGUUGAUGCGUCUGUGUUUGACGCUUCCAACAUCCUCAACUCAACUGAAGUGGAGGAGGAUGACCAGGGGCUGUCUGGCUACGUUCAAGAUAACUUUGAUUUCCUGGACCAAAUGGACUGCAGCGCCCAGGACCAUAUGGACUGCAGUGUCAACUACCAGGUGAGCGAGUUCUCUGUUGAACCUCCUGGCUACUCAGAUGAUGAGUAUGAAGUUAUGGCGCAAGGUCAGCCUUCCCAUCGUCCUGCAGCGCUACAGAUGUACCUGCAAGCGGGCCCUGAAACACACACCCAGAGUCAGACACAGUUAAAUCCACACAGGCCACUCAGCCUCGACAUAAACAGCCGACACACUAAAUCCCUCAGCUUGCCUUACAUGACCUCACCUGUCCGCGGACCAGAGGAUUCGGGUUCUGAAGAGGAGGAUGCAGGGGACGACAGUGAUGAUAACAUUUACAGUAGUGACGACGACGACGAUGACAGCAUGUUUGUUAAAAGCCUCCCCCCUGAUUUCUUUUUAAGCAAUUUGACUGACUUUGAACCAGACACUGAUAAACAAGACUGUUGCACCCAUGAUGGAGUACCUAUAACUCAAUUACAGAGCUCUGAGGAAAGAGAAUGCCAGUCGCUAAACCUUGAAUUUUCUGCAUGUAAAGAAUCAACUGCUGGAGAGCAAGAGCAGGUAGAAGUGAAAGAUAAAGAAGAUAUAGAUGGACUGGAUGAAAAGGAGACAACAAAGAAGGAAAACGUGGAAAACAAUAGGCAAAGCAAAGCAACAGACGAAACCUGCAGUGUCAUGGAAGAUACUCCAAGUGACAAAGAACAACCUCCCACCUCAGAAGCAUCAACGCACUGCUUUGCUGAGCAUCCGCUGACGAGCAACGAUGAAUCAAGCGCAAUGGCUGACAUUACGGUCGAGGAGGAGAAGGAAGCGGUUGAUAAUCCUGACGGUGAUUAUCCACCUUGUGAUGGGGUUUCUUGUGGCACGUGGAAAGAAAGAGACAUUGAUGAGGGAGAGGAUGAAUGCAAAGAGACAGAGGACACAGAAAUGGUUCUGGAAAUGAAAGAAAGUGAUGCUGACAUGGGGGAAGAAACCACAGAGGAGGCCAAUGAAGUGUCAGCUGACCAAGAACAUGCAGAAAAGAUGCAGGAAGGUGGCGAAGAGCAGGAUAGUGCAUUUUGUGGGACAAGCAGCGAAGUCUGGAAUGAACUUGAGGAUGUUAUAUGUGAGGUGAUAGAGGAUGAGGAAAGUAAGCAGGUUCAGAAGAAGGGCGCAAGAGAAAGUGUUGCUGGGGAGGGAGAUACGCUCAAAGAAGUCAAUGGAGAGGAGGAAGAUCAGAUAGAAAAUGUUUCAGGAGAGAAAAUGGUGGAAGUUGAAGAAGGAGGGACAAACAAGGCAGAGGUUGGAGUAGAAGUAGUGGAGGAAUCAAUGGAGACAACUGAAGAUAUGCACGCAGAUCCGGAGAUGCAGCAAGAGUUUGAUGAGAAAGAGACAAACUUACCAAAUACAAGUGAACUAGAUGAAGCAAUUCAAGGGAAACACGGCAUCUGCAACGAAGCACAGCGACACGACAGUGGAGAGGUGGUUUCAAAAGAAAAAGAGAACAGUGACAAAGAGAGAGCUGAUGAGCAGCGAAGAACAACUGAAAUAAAUAAACAACUGAAAGAGGUCAGGUCUGAUAUGAAGGAAUUGACAGAGGACAGAAAGUGUGAGGAAAGUGACAGCAGCCAAGGAGGGGUAGGAAGGAAGCUGGUCAUCUCCAAACAUCCGAAGGUUUACCAAGUAAAAGCAGUGCCGGUCGUGCCUCCGAAGCCGCAGCACUGCAGAUUCACCGCAUUGAGCCUCCGAAAUCAGCAGCAGCAGAAAGACAGAAGAGACGCCGACAGAGGGAGGGAAAACACGCUGAAGGCCCCGACAGAGCAGGACAAAGAACACGGGGAUAGAGACGAGGACGGCGAGGACGAGGCCAGUGGGAAAAGGGAGAAGCCAACACUCAGGGGAGGGGAGAAAGAAAGGGACAAGAGGAGGGAUGGGGAUGAAAGUGCCACAAACAGAAACAGUCCCCUCAGCAUGUGUUUUGAUGAGGCCGUUGCCAAAGCAACCAUGAGGCGAGAAAAAGAAAGAGUGCGAGAAGGAGAGGCAGAGAGAUUGGGGAAGUGAAGUAGAGUGAAGGUUUGUUUUGUUUGUAUAUUGAUUUAAACUGAUUUGACUGUACAAACUAUUUUUCUAGGUGUAGCAUCAAUGGCUGUAUUUUUCCUGUACUGACUGAGGAUUUUCUUUCAGUUUAAAUUACAACCACAGUAUUGUCAUCGCAAUGCUACUAAAGAUGUGUUAGGUGUUUUUUUUUCAGCCAUGCACAAACUUAAUGUGCAGCCAGGAAACGAAAUGGGUUUUUGAAGGUAUUAUUUGGAGGAGAAUUCUUCGUCUUUAUUAGACAGAGAGACAUUGGAAGCUGACAGGAAGUGAGGGACGUGAUCCUCGGCCAAACUCAAACCGUAGACGAUGCAACGACUGGGUCAGUGUUAAACCCCUAGGUCACCAGGACGCCAUGUCAGGUAGCUAAUAAAUGAAUAGCUGCAAUUGUGCUAUCUGCUCUUUAAGUUAAACAAAACUGAAACUGAAAGCAAAGACACAGGUGAGAUUAAAGGUAUAGUGCUGCUGAAACAUGUUGAAGAAGAAAUGUUUGACAAUCAAUCUGAAUGAACUGGUGUUUUCUAUUUCAAGCCAGAACUUCUUUAUCUUCAUUAUUUUGGGUCUGUAAAACAAAACAUCCCACCAUUUGAUAAAUCAAUUUUGAUCCCCCAAAAUGGAAAAGCCUUAAAUCCAGCUCACUCCUGUUUGCACUAGUCUAAUUUUACAAUACUUUGUAAUUAUAUAAAGUAUAUGUUUGUCUGCAGUAUGUAUAAUAAACAGUUGACAAGCAUGUAGCCUAGUUAAAUGGUAGAUUUUAAAGAGCAGGGAUGAUGAAUGGAAUGUAUCAUGAUAAAUAUAAUGUCUGCAAAAGUCACGUUUUUUUGUUGAUGUUGUGAAUAAAAAGAUGUUUCCAAUGUG